AUGGGAUUAAAAGACGUAUUCAAAGAUAUGAAAAAAAAUGUCAAGUCAAUUGACUCAACAAUUGAUAGAACAGACCAAGAAUUGGAUCAUGUAGCAAAAGUACUUGAUGACGCGGAGGAAUUAAUUGAUCAAAUCAAAGAUACCGUGUCACACUCUGACCAACUCAUGAAUAAGAUGGAGGGACUAUUGGAUCAUUCUGACUCUUUAAUGCAUAGAGUGGAGUCCACGAUCGUGAGUGACGAAAAGUUCUCAAUAAUGUUUCGAGCAUCUUUACUGUUAAUACUUAUGCUGUCUAUGUGGAUAUCACAAAUGAUCUAUGUCUCAAUGUUUGAUCAUGGAAUCGGGGUAAUGACAUUUUUGGAAGCAUUUGCAUUACGUAUUUCUCAAGCAAUUCUCUUUCUAAUCAUCUUUAGAUUGAUCAUUGAAUGUGGAAGAUAUGUCUUGUUCCAGAAGUUUGAGUUCAAGGAAACAGAAAAGAAGAGAGUUGUGAAUGGAACAGAAGAGAUUGUCACUCGAACCUAUGAGCUUGUACCCUCUUCCUCCACUGCAUCAACAGCAGCUGCAUCAGCUAACACUGCUAGUGCUGCCACUACCACAGCCCAUGUUGCAACAAAUGCAAUUGCAUCUGCAUCCAACAACAUUCAAAAUGAGCAAAACAUUCAAUCUCCUUCCAUACAAGAGACAGCACCAGGGUCCAUCUCACCUCAACUCCAAAGAAGGGAAUCUACUGUUGAAAAUGGGACACAAAAAACAGAAAUCAAUGAUGCUAAUGCUGGUCCUUCAGCUCUGAACCAUGUUCCCAGUAGGGUCUCCUCUUCCUCCUCUUCUCUGGCAGAGUCUGUGAAAUUGUCAAAAGAUUUUGUGUUUCCAAAUGAGCCAACCACCAAAAUGGUUGAGUGGUGA